UGUGAUAGGCGGAAGUGGGUUGGUUUGGAAGAAAACAUUUGAGGAGACGAAAAAUAUUAAGGAUUUAUUUUGCAAAAUGGCAUCAGAUGGAGGGGAAAUUUAUCCUUCCCCUUCCUCUAAAGGAAGAGAAACGUCGGACUUUCUGAUGAUGAUAGUUCGUACACUUUCAACCAGUGCUGACUUUGAGCAAAGGGAAAAGGAGAAAGCAAGAAUCGAGAAAGCUUUUAGACAAAGUGACAAGUGUCUUGGAGAACUUGUGACAGAUAAUUAUGAAGAUUUAACAAGAAUUACACAAGCCUUCAGUACUAUAAGCAAGAAAAUAUAUGAGUCUCGUGAUAAGAUAAAGAAGAUUAAAGAUGAUCUAAGCAGCUGUAAGACAUUACUUCAUUGUAAACGUGAUGAACUUCGACGACUUUGGAUUGAAGGAGUGGAACAUAAAACCAUGGUCUCACUCCUCGAUCAAAUAGAACAAAUCAAGGAGGUUCCCACCAAACUGGACAACUUCCUCUUGACAAAACACUACCUUCACGCCACAGAUUUGGUGGUGCAGGCAGUUGCAAAGCUGGAAGGCCCAUUAUCAGGAGUUAUGGCUCUAAGAGAUCUGAAGUCUGAAUUAACAACACGAAAGGCGCAACUGCAUGAAGUUUUGAUCGGUGGGCUCAACAAGCAGAUCUAUGUGACAGUUCCUGCCACCCAGAAACCCUACAUAUUAUUGCCAUAUGAUGAAUUUCCCCUUGAUUUUGUCUCUGGACAACUUGUAAUCAAUUGCUGGUCUGGCCAGGAUAUGUUCCCAACUGUGGAGACAUAUUCCAGAGAGGAAAUAAAAGAAGACUUGAACUCUAACCCUGAGGAAAAUCCAUCUCACUUCAUCGCCCUCAUGGUUGAAUCUCUUUUUGUUCUGAAAAAAGUUCCAGAUGGAGCCGAGGGACUGAAGAUCAGGAUACAACCAGAGUUAUCUGCCAUUGUAGCGAGAGCUUCCCAGCAGGUGGUGGAAAAUUCUUGCCAACAGGGGGAGCUACUAGCCAAUAAUAACCAGCCAAGAUUUCUGUUGGAGUUAUUAGUGAUAGUGUUUCAACAAUUCAGAUUGGUCGCACACAUGCAUAAAAUGGUCUUACGGAACCUCAAUCGAGUUAUUCCGACCACCGCUGAACAACAAGAGGAGAAAUCUGGCGUCCUGAUCCGCGGUGAACAGAUGUAUGAUAUGACAGAUGUAUGGUCCAAAAUACAAGCUGUGAUUGAGUUACUGCUCCGUGAAUACCUUGAUGUACAGAACACCGCUGCUUCACGACAACGCGCCCCCAGCAGCUUUGAUGAACCAAGUACUGAUAUCAGCCAAUACUUCUCAAAGAAACGACCAAACAAACCUAAAAAGCCAGCCUUGUUUCGCUUUGAUGCAUCCAUCCAUGCGAUGAGCACCAACAGUUAUGUUGAGGAUAGUCGAGCCUUUGAUACAAGUGACAUGUUUAAUGCCAGCAUGUUAGCGGAGAUGGGGCUGGAUAAGCACCAGAUGGUGUGUAAGCCAAGCGUCUACAACAUCACAGCCAUCUUCAAGCCAUUACAAGAUUUCAUCAGGGAGGUAGAAGAUGCUAUUGCAUGUAUGGAUGGGUCCUCAAGUCUUCAGGCCUUCGUCACAGACUUUGUCCAGGAUAUCUUCCUCGGCCAGGUCCACUACUCCAUCAAGAACAGCAUUGAAGCUGCCACCAUAGUGGACGAGGAAGAACAGUGUUUUGAUUCUCUACGACAUGUUGUUGAUCACAAGACACAGAGAGACCUGGGUGUUUCUCGCCCCCUACUUACAAGUACAGUAAUUGUUGAUAAGAACAUACAGGACUUGCAGGAGUUGAUGCAAGAUCUGCCAACAUAUGCUGACCAGUUUCUCAACAUGAUCUGUAAUAUUCUAAAGGACUACAGAGACACUUGUCACACAGCAUACAGGGGUAUGGUUCAGAAUGACACAGACGAGAAGCGCAUGAUCAGUGCAAUGUGGGCCAAGGACGAAGACAUCAGCAGGUUUCUCAGAUCUUUGCCAAGCUGGCAGGUACUCCAGCCAAUGGAGGGCCAGGAUCUGAACCAGGCGAUGUGUUCAGAGGAGGAGAUGAGGACGCUCAACUCUAAGGAGGUCAACAUCCUCAUCAGCAACCUAUCCUCAUCAGACUCCAUGAUUCCCCAGCAGGAGAUCAUCACCGACUCUACACAGAUGAGGACCAUCGCCAACUAUCAUCAAAGUCUAGAGUGGUUCACAGGUAGACUGGGACAAUUCGCCCAAUCACUGUCGUCCAAAUCUGACAGGCAGGGUUCACAGAAAUCAUCAAAAUAUCCUCCAGUGUCUCACAAAGCUUUAGAGUCACUAAACACAUUGGAGAAAGAUUUCCAGGAUCUAGCUGAAAUCUGUCUGCUUCUGUUACACUUAGAGGUCAGAGUUCAUUGCUUCUACUACCUGGAAUUGGUCGCUAGAAAGUCCAACUAUGCAGGACCGAUAGAUGACCUUGACCCUGACUCCAAUGUGUUGAAGUUGAACAAAGAUCUGACCGCUAUGGAGGAAAUGUUGUCACAGAGCCUGCAGCCCAAUAAAUUUAAGUAUAUAUUUGAAGGGCUUGGGUUCUUGGUGGCUUCAAUAUUGAUGAACAGCAUACAGUUUUUACCCAAGAUCAAUGAGAACGGCAUAAAAAAGAUGUGUAGAAAUUUGUUUGCGAUCCAACAAAAUUUGACCAACAUUUCCAUGUCCCGAGAAACUGACCUGGACAUGGCUCGCCAAUACUAUGAACUCCUCUACCUUAACCCAGACGACAUCCUAACGGCCAUAGCUGAGAAGGGAGCCCAAUUUACUUAUACCGAGUACUGUCAACUUAUCCAGCUGUACCACCGGAGCCACCCAGGAGGAGACCCCAACCAGCUGGACAAACGCAUGCAAAGGCUGCGCGAGAUUAUAGAGAAAGGACAGAAUGGAGUGGCCUGAAAACGGCCAUCUUGAGUGAAACAUUGUUUAUAAUGUUUUUAAAAUAAUAGCAAGAUUAUCUGCCCGCACCAUUAGAACGUAAAAUUACAAAUUAUUGUGUGAAGGUGUAAAACCAUGGUGGCAGUUUCUCAUUAUUAGUCCGUGCCAGGUAUCUCUGUCUUUGAUAAGGGGUCAAAUAACUAGGAGACUUACUCCCAGUUUGGACCAAACAGCUAGUCAAGAUACACCUGUCUUCUGUAAAAUCUGUUUCCAAGAAUGUAGAUGAAGGACAAAGGUGGUUUUCGAAGGCAAAAAUAAGAGAAAGUGAAAGUCUUUGUUGUCAAGAAAAUACAAAUAAUUGUGGCAUCUAUAGACCGAGUGUGUUGAUGUAAAAAUUCCAGGAAGUACACAUCGAAUUAGACUUAUUGGGACACUUCUGUCAUACAUAACUAGUGGAAAUAACAAAAAGAUCAAAUGAAAUUCUUCUCUCUCUAUUACCACAUCCGAAUUUGUAUGAACUUUACCACUUUUAUUGCCAGAAUAUUUAAAUAUAAUUCCUGUCAUAUUCUGUGUGAAUCAAUUCCUAGGAUUUCUGAAAAUCGAUGAAAACUCACUGCAUGUUUAAAGCCAGCAUUAAGCAAUUUGAGUAUAUUGAUAUCACCAAAAACACAUUUUUCAAAGAUAUUUAUGUUUGUGGUAGAUAACACUUUAAAUCCAUUCCAAUUUUUAUUCUAGAAAUUAGUUGUGACCUUCAAAACUAAGGUUUCAAAGUUUUGAGAUUGCUCUCAUAGAAAACUGCGUUUGAUGUAUAAGGAUUUGUUGCUAUCGCUUCCACAAAGCCUUUGAACAAACAGAAAUCACUAUGUAAUUUGUAGGUGGAAUAUAUGUACCUACUUUUAGUAAAAGAUUAAAAUGUAAUGUAGAAGAUUUCGCCACAGAUCCUUAACUGAUACUAAUAAUAGGCCUAUCAAUUGUCUUGCCAUCCCUGUAUGUCAAACGUACCAUCAAUCAAUUAUGAUAAAUUGAUAUAGGAAACACAUUUUCACAAUUUCUCAUCUAAGGGAAGUAACUCUGCUACUACUGAUGGUUGUGAAGCAAAAACUGAUGGACCAACACGAGAUGUGAUGCCAGACGAUAAAACAGUGUUCCUGUUAACUGCUGUUUAGAUUUGUAUGUGCCCUUCAAAUUUUGACAUGCAUAUGAUGGUAUACCUUCUGCAUAUGUCUGUCUAUCUAUCAUUGAUUGGUUAAAUUUUCAUGCAUAUGAUGGUAUACCUUCUGCAUCUGUCUGUCUGUCUAUCAUUGAUUGGUUAAAUUUUCAUGGUAAGUUUCUUUGGUGCUCUACAGUUAAACCAGAUGAUAUAUUAUUGUCCCAAGUUUUGGCAUGAAUGUUAUUGUGGGGUAAAACACUGAUCAUGUGGAUUUAAUUUGUAAAAAUAUUUUACAUUUUUUUUUUACAUGUUUGGGACUUCAUUUUAUUGAGAUAAUUUUUUCAGUGAAAGAUUUGAAUUGGGUCAGACAGUCAUUUUAUUCAUCCAUUUACAGUGCGUUUGUUUUUUCAUGUAUUUGUGUUUUAAAGCAGGUAUUGUUAACUUUAAAACUUAAGUCAUUGAUGGCUUUGCAUGUAGUGCUUAUCAUGAACGAAAUUGAAAAUACAGAAUAAACUUUCCAGAUACAGUAUUAAUGUUAACAGAUAUAACGUGCAUCUUCUUUAAAUGCCACUGUUUAUGCUUCUUCAGCAUUUUGUAAGAAAACUUACAUAAAUGUACUGUUAAGUCAAAAUUUAUCUGCAUUGUUUAAUGAUGUUAUGUAUUUUGUAUCCUGGGCCUGGGUUCAUGAAUAUUUUGUAACAUUAGGAAAUUCCUGUUGUUUUAGCAUUGUACCGUAACUGUCAUUGUGAAAGAAUUUUCUUGAACUCCAGUGCUAUCAAAGGGAAAAACUAAAUGUUAAGGAAUAUUCAUUAAACUAAGGCCUGAUGCUUUAAGUGCAAUAUUUGAUAUCGAGACAUACCGUAUGACUGAGUUGGUAUGUUUUUUGUGAUAUGCGAGAUUUUAUUAUUUAUAUGAACAUGUUUUUGUCUGAAUAAAUUAAUGUGUGAAAGUGACACCAAAGUUG